AUAAUGUGGUUUCAAACCGACUGUAUGGUUACAUCCAUCUUUCAGACAGUUGAACUUCAUAGCCACAUGGCUAGGCCAUUUACUUCAAUAUUCUGAAAUUUCCUAUAAGAAUUUUCAUAUUUUAUUCCAUUGACACCUCAACCAAUUGAUAAAGUCAAAUAUUGUACCAAAAGAACUUAUUAAAUAUAAAAAUAAAAACGUUAAUCGGAAGUGAUGGCUAACCCAGGAGAAGUAUCGAAAAAAGGCAAGAAAAAGACGAAAGCUAAUAAGAAAAAAUGGAUGGAAGAACUAUCCGACGAGGAAGAAAUAGUUAUACCGAAAACUGUGGAAAAAGUUUCAAAUAAAAGAGAACGAGGAGGAAAGAAAGACCCCAAAAUUGAAAAUCUCAAAAUUGAUUCGGACAAUGACGGCAACGACAAAAAAGAGAAUGGAAAUGAGGAAGAAGUUGAGGAGCAAUAUUUUGGCGAAAUUGAGGAAACCAAGCCGGAGCCGGAAGUUAAAACUGAAAACUUAAGUAGGAAAGAAAUGAGAAGAUUAAAAAGGAAAAAUGAACUUUUGAAAAAUUAUCCAAAAGAGAGUAGUGAUGGUCAAAAUGGUUUGGACUCUCAGUUUUCAAUUUCUCAAGCGACCCAAGGCAAACGAGCAAACGCCGCCCUAGAAAAUCAAGUAGAUAUCAAAGUCGAUAAAUUUUCAAUUGCUGCGAAAGGAAAAGACCUUUUUGUUAAUGCAUCACUUCAUAUCACUGCAAAUCGACGUUAUGGCUUAGUGGGUCCAAAUGGCCAUGGAAAGACUACACUGCUAAGACACAUUGCUCUGCGAAAACUUUCUGUUCCACCAAACAUCGAUGUUUUAUAUUGUGAACAGGAAGUUAUAGCUGACGACACCCGGGCUAUAGAUGCUGUUCUUAAAGCCGAUUCUAAAUGGUUGUCAUUGAAGAAUCAAAGAGAAGACUUACUAACCAUUAUUAACAGUGGUACUGCAUCUGAUGAGAAAAUGGCUCUAUACAAUAAGCUUGAGGAGGAGUGGAAUAUUAUGAAAGGUGAUACAGCACAGUCUAGAGCAAGUCGUAUUUUAGCCGGUUUAGGAUUUACAAGAGAAAUGCAACAGAGGCCGACCAAGAAUUUCUCCGGUGGUUGGAGAAUGAGAGUUUCCUUGGCAAGAGCUCUGUUCCUUGAACCAACUCUAUUAUUAUUGGACGAACCUACAAAUCAUCUUGAUUUGAAUGCCGUAAUUUGGCUCGAUAACUAUCUACAAACAUGGAAGAAAACGCUUUUAGUAGUAUCUCACGACCAAAGUUUUUUGGAUAAUGUCUGUACAGAUAUAAUCCACUUGGAUCAGUGCAAAUUAUUUUAUUACAGAGGCAAUUACGAGGCUUUUAAAAGAAUGUUAGUUCAAAAACGAAAGGAGCAAAUGAAAGAUUGGGAAAAACAAGAAAAAAAGCUGAAGGAACUAAAAGCAGGAGGUAAAACGAAAAAGCUAGCUGAAACGAAGGUGAAAGAAGCUCUAACCAGGAAACAGCAAAAAAAUAAAACAAUGCACCAGAAACAACAGCAAGAUGAGGAUGAUAAACCUCAAGAAUUAUUACAGAAACCCAGGGAAUAUCUUGUCAAAUUUAAUUUUCCAGACCCUCCCCCUUUGAACCCCCCAAUUCUUGGGUUACACGAUGUCAGUUUUGGAUAUCCUAAGCAGAAGAAAUUAUUUGAAAAUAUUAAUUUUGGUAUUGAUUUAGAUUCACGUAUAGCUAUUGUUGGUCCCAAUGGCGUUGGAAAAUCAACUUUCUUAAAAUUGCUUGUAGGAGAUUUAGAACCCUUAACUGGGGAGCAACGUAAAAAUCACCGACUCAGAAUAGGAAAAUACGAUCAGCAUUCGGCUGAUCAACUGAGGCUAGAUUUGAGCCCAGUUUUGUAUUUGAAAGAAUUAUUUGAUUUAGAUUAUCAAGAUGCAAGGAAAAUGUUGGGAAAACUUGGCUUGGCCUCGCACGCACAUACUAUACCUAUAAAUGAUUUAUCAGGUGGUCAAAAAUCAAGAGUAGCUUUGGCCGAUCUUGUGUGUCGGAAACCGGAUGUACUUAUUCUUGACGAACCUACAAAUAAUUUAGAUAUUGAAUCAAUUGACGCUUUAGCAUUAGCCAUUUCCUCUUAUAAAGGUGGUGUCAUUAUUGUGAGCCACGACGAGAGAUUGAUAAGAGAAACAGAUUGUCAAUUGUGGGUCGUUGAACAUCAGAAAAUUGAGCAAAUUGACGGUGAUUUCGAUGAUUACAGAAAAGAAUUACUUGAACAGCUUGGUGAACAGCUGGCUGCUACACCAUCUGCAGCUGCUCAAUCGGCAAUAUAA